AUGUCUGAACCUAAGCGCCAGAGGAUCGAUGAACCUCUAGGUACGGAGACCAUGGAUACCGAGGCCGACUCCAAUCCUAAAGCCACUACCGAUGAUAAUCCCAAAGAGAUCUUCAAGUGUGACUUUCCAGGAUGCUCAAGGACUUUUGUGAGGCAGGAUCUAUGUAUUCGACAUCGCGAACGACAUGAGAACCGUGGAAAGCCACUCUCGGGGCAGAAUGCUGCCAGUAGAGAGCCAAUAUCUCCACGCUCGUCAAUGAGUGAAGGCAAUGUCAAUAGCCCUGGCUCCCCCAUUUCUAACAUUUUUGCAACACCGAAACAGCUUUCCGAAGGCUUACAAUCUUCUCUGAUGCAUCGCUCAUCUUUCUCAGAUCCAAGUCUCAAGCCACAGAAUCUUCAAUCAACUGUGCAGCAGUCUGGGCAAGGCAGCAUUACAUCGACCAACAGUAAUCCCCCAAAUCUGCCUGCAAUGCGACGGGCGUCAUAUAUUGGCUCUGAACCUCGCGCAUCGAGGCAACCUCCGGCAUUUAGCUUCCCAGAGAUGCCAUCUGAUGCAACACUAUCUCUCCAACGAUCACAUAGUCUCACGGAAAAUUCUUUUGACAACCUCGAUCCGAACAUCCUGAGCAAUGGCAUCACGAUCACAGGCGACUCUCGAAACCACUCGGCACAUAAUGCAACGCAAGACAAGCCAGUCGCUCCAUUCUCGGUCCCUACAUUGAGUGACCAAGCUUUCAACGAUUCUCCUGUGUCUAUUCGAGAUGAGUUCACUGCCUGGCUCUUUGAGGAUGCUGGAGGACUCCAGACGGCCGCCUUUUCCAUGGGCGUUCAAGGAGGCCUAGGCUUUCCCAAUGCUGGAGAUGCAUUCAGCAGUACUAUUUACCCCAAUUACUUCACAGAAAAUCCAAUGGAUCAGAGCUACCCUGAGAUUAUGCAAGUUCGUCCUCGAGAAUCAAUCAGCAAGGUCCUCGACAUUUCCAGUGACAGUGAUUUGUUAUCGUACGCCAAACGGAAAUCGCUGCUGAAUUUGAUGGAACUCACCUUCAACGAUGGAGAAAACCACUUUGUCAGAAAAUUGAGAGAAGAAGUCUUUCGAGGCAAUCUCGACGCUGAAGAUCAUGCAUUGAGCCUUCGUUCAAUGCAACACUAUAUUGGCUCGUAUUGGUACCAUUUUCAUGCACAGAUGCCGAUUUUGCAUCAGCCAACCUUCUCUGCUGAGAAUACUCAUGACUAUCUACUACUAGCUGUAAUGGCUAUUGGUGCAGCUUAUCUCAAUAGAGCUCAUGGUCGCCAAGUGACUGAUGCCGCUGCACGACUGGCCACAUUCAUAGCCUGGCAUCUACGGUGGCAAGUCUUUAUGCACAAUGAUUUUCACCCCCCUGCAAAGCUUUGGGUGUUCCAGACUCUCCUACUUCUGGAGAUAUACGAGAAACUGAACGCCACGCGGAUGCUACAUGAACGUUCACACAUUCAUUAUGCUACUACAAUAAACCUCAUGAGGCGGGGAACAGCACUGAUAGAGACAGGUAAUCAGGAGGCCUGGCGCACACCAACGACUCCAGAAGAAUGGUGGAGUCGGUGGAUAACUGCAGAGGCUACUCGUAGAGCGGCGUUUGCUGCCUUUUAUCUUGAUGCCGUUAACGCAACCAUGUUCGGACAUGCCGCCAUGAUGGUCGUUCAUGAGAUCCGACUACCUCUACCUUGUGAUGACGCACUUUGGUCAGCAACGUCAGCGGCCGAGGUGGGUCGUGUCGAAGCUAGUCUGCACGCAAAUGGAGUCAAAACAACCACGUUUCUUGAUGGGCUCAAAAAGACGUUAACCGGGAGGAAAGUUCGUACCAAUAAUUUUGGAAGAAUGAUACUGGCUGCUGGCUUACUCUCGGUGUCGUGGCAUAUGCAUCAGAGAGACUUACAGGUCUCCACUCUUGGUGUCAGUCAAUCGAUGGGAGCCCCAGAUGGCUGGAGAACCCCGUUGACCAAGGCCUUUGAAUCCUGGAAGAAAGAUUUCGAUGAGAACUUGGAGCAUAUGCGCAAGGCAUCUCUUCCUUGGCAAAAGCACGAUUCUGUUUCAGGAGAAGAAGAUAUGGCAAAAUCGGCAAACGUUCUUCACCAUCUGAGCCAUAUGUCGAUGCAUGUUGACAUUAUGGACUGUCAGAUCUUUGCUGGGUCAAAACGGCUUUUUGGAAGAACAGUCUCAAAUGCCGAUUAUGAAAGAGUAAAGUGUAAGAUAUUCGACUGGGCAAAAGGCCAAAGCGCCAACGUUGGUGUCUUCCAUGCACUUCAGCUGUUGAGAUCGGUGAUCCCUCCAACUAAGGAUGGCUCGAAGAAGCUGUAUAAUGCCCGAGAUGAUCAUCUUGUCAUUAGGCCAUGGGCGUCGUACUUUGCUGCCCUUGUGGUUUGGUCGUAUGGAUUUGCCUUGGAUGGCGUUCUGAGGCCAUUUCCAAGUCUAAUUCAAGCAACACCAAGUCCAGGCGCAGUCCCGACGAUGUCGCACAGCCCAAGCCAAUCGAUGCUCAAUAUGGCACACGACGGCAGCGAGCUCCAGCUCGAUGCCGUCGUGAAAGAUGCGCAAGUCUUCCUAUCAACGGUGGGUGCUGUCAAAACCCCACAAGCUCUUGACGCAAUAAAAGAUGGCCGCAACAAUGUGGUGGGGGUCCUUGCGAUCUUAGAGACAGCAUUUCGUGAUUCAAGAUGGGAGCUUCUACAUGAGGCUGCGGAUCUUCUUCGGAAUGCGAUAAUGUUGUUAAGAGGAGCGAGCCGCAUCUGA